UUUUAAUACAUAAAAAAACGUCCCUAGAUAUAUUCAGUCUAAGAUAUGUUUCAUAUCAAUACUUCAUAGAAUUGGUGGCUUUGACAUCUCAGCGCCCCCUCUGGUGGAGUCGUGUAAACGCACCCUGACAUGUCAAACAUGGCCGCAGUGAGGAAAGCGUUGAUCGCUGCCGCUGUUGCUGCGUUUGCAGCGCUGUUGGGACGCGCAUUCCUGCAAAUAAAGGAGAUAAGUCUCUCAUCCAGGGAAAUUCCAGUGAAACGCCUCAACUGUCAACACCUCAAAAACAUCGAUUAUGGAGCAGAGGAUAUCACUAUACUCAAAGACGGACUGGCCUUCUUAAGUACAGGCCUAAAAUAUCCUGGAUUGCCGUCCUUCUCUGAUGAACCAGGAAAGAUGUAUGUUUUGGAUCUGCUGCAGCCAAAAAUGAGCCCUGUGGAACUCCAGAUCAAAGGCCAGCUGGACCUUAAGUCCUUCAACCCUCAUGGCAUAAGUGUGUAUGAAGAUGAAACAGAUGACUCCAUCUAUGUGUUUGUUGUUAAUCACCCCGAACACAAAAGCCAAGUGGAGAUCUUUCGCUUUGAGGAGGAAGAUACACUUGUGCACCUAAAAACCAUUACUCACUCUUUACUGCACAGUGUGAACGACAUAGUUGCAGUUGGAGUCGAGCACUUCUACGCCACCAACGAUCGCUACUUUCAGCACGAAGCUCUUCAGUUGCUGACCUUCAUCUUCGACUUGUACUGGUGCGAGGUGGUGUACUACAGUCCGCAGGAAGUGAGGGUGGUGGCAGGCGGCUUCAAAUCUGCAAAUGGAAUUAACAUAUCCCCCGACAGACAGUUUAUUUAUGUUUCGGAUAUCAUGGACCACGAGAUAGACAUUUUCAAGAGAAACGAGGAGGAACAGUUAGCAUACGUCAAGUCUGUGGCUGUUGGAUCCCUUUGUGACAACAUCGAGGUGGACCACAGGACGGGUGACAUAUGGCUGGGUUGUCAUCCCAAUGGUUUGAAACUUUUAAAGUUUGAUCCUGAAGAUCCACCUGGCUCAGAGGUCAUACGGAUAAAGAACAUUCACUCAGAGCGUCCAAUCUUGUCCCUGGAGUAUGGAGAUGACGGCCGUCAGCUCAUGGCCUCCACUGUAGCAGCUCCUUAUGAAGGAAAGCUACUUUUAGGCUCAGUUUUCCACAAAGCCUUACAUUGUGUUUUAUAAUGAUUUUUGUUUGUAUGAACUUCUAAUGAAAACUAAAGGAAGCAUUAUUGAGAUGUUAGAUCUGCAUAAUGAAUCAAUAAAAAAUGUGUUUGUUUCAA